AUGCCGAAGCCUCCCCCGCCGCCCGCCCCUCCGCCGCCCCUCCUGCUCCGCUCCGCCUCCGCCUCGGCCGAUCCCGCGUCCCCCUCCCGUCCCGGCGAGAGCGCCCUGGGCCGCCAGUUCCGCGACUGGUGCCUCCGGACCUACGGGGACUCGGCCAAGACCAAGACCGUCACCCGGAGCAAGUACCGCCGCAUCGCCGAGGGGGCAGAUGGUCUCUCGGAGCCGGAGGGCCUGGCUCUCAAGCGCGUGGCCGUGGUGGAGGACUUCUUCGACAUCAUCUACUCCAUGCACGUGGAGAGCUCUGCCGAGCCGGGGAAGGCGCCCAAGCACGCCGGGCAGAAGAAGACCUACCGGGCGAUUGCGGAGACCUAUGCUUUCCUGCCCAGAGAGGCCGUGACCAGGUUCCUGAUGAGUUGCACCGAAUGCCAGAAAAGGAUGCAUUUUAACUCCAACGGCGUGGAGCCCAAAGAAAACGAACCUCCUUCUUCUCUGGUCUCCGGCAUCAUCGACUACAACAUGCCACUCACUUCCACCUACUUGAAGCAGAUGAAGCUGCGAGUUAUGAAUUCCCAAGACCAGCAGCAGCAGCAGCUGGCUGUCAGCCGUCUUCUUCUCUUUUCUCCUUUCCCUGAAUCCCCCCCCCCCUCAUCCCUCCCCACCCCCCUCUUUAUCAUCACCGCAGUGGGGAAGGGGUUUCCCAAGAAAGAAAGAAAGAAAGAAAGAAAGGAAGGAAGGAAGGAAGGAAGGAAGGAAGGAAGGAAGGAAGGAAGGAAGGAAGGAAGGAAAGACGGGAAAAAGGAAGGAAGGAAGGAAGUAAGGAAGGAAGGAAGGAAGGAAGGAAGGAAGGAAGGAGGAAGGAAAGAUGGGAAAAAGGAAGGAAGGGGGAGGGAGGGAGGGAGGGAGGGAGGGAGGGAGGGAGGGAGGGAGGAAGAAAAGAAGGAAGGAAGGAAGGACGGAAGGACGGAAGGAAGGAAGAAAAGGAGGAAGGAAGGAAGAGAGGAAGGAAAGAAGGACGGAAGGAAGGAAGGAAAAACGGAAAGAAGGAAGGAAGGAAGGAAGGAAGUAAGGAAGGAAAGAAGGAAGGAAGGAAGGAAGGAAAGAAAGAAAGAAAGAAAGAAAGAAAGAAAGAAAGAAGGAAGGAAGGAAGGAAGGAAGGAAGGAAGGAAGGAAGGAAGGAAGGAAGGAAGGAAAGAAAGAAGGAAAGAAAGAAAGAAAGAAGGAAGGAAGGAAGGAAGGAAGGAAGGAAGGAAGGAAGGAAGGAAGGAAAGAAGGGAGGGAGGGAGGGAGGAAGAAAAGAAGGAAGGAAGGAAGAGAGGAAGGAAAGAAGGAAGGAAAGAAGGGAGGGAGGGAGGAAAGAAGGAAGGAAGGACGGAAGGAAGUAAGGAUGGAAGGAACGAGGAAAAGGAGGAAGGAAGGAAGGAAGAAAAGGAGGAAGGAAGGAAAGAAGGAAAGAAAGAAGGGAGGGAGGGAGGGAGGGAGGAAGAAAAGAAGGAAGGAAGGAAGGAAGGAAGGAAGGAAGGAAGGAAGGAAGGAAGCGUCCACCUCCCGGGCACCGGCUCCCUGGGCGAAGAUUUGCCUGAGCCGAUGAAGGCCGAGGGAAAAAGAGAAUAA